AGGGGCUGGCACAAAACGGAGAGCCUGGGGCAAAGAGCGGGACCCCCCGCGGGAGCAGGUGCGGGUACCGCCGGGGCAGGGGCCGUGGCCGUUGCCGGGGCCGUUGCCGAGGCCAGACCGGUCCCUGCCCCCGCCAGGCUCCACCCCGGGCGGUGCGGGAUAAAACUUCGGGCACCUCCCCGGCAGCUCCGCGUCAGGGCUGCGCUCGGACCGGCUGCAGCGCUCAGGAGGUGACACCGCACCCACCACCACCUCCCCCCGGGACGUUUCUGGGGUCUCUCUCCCUCUUCCUGCCACCGGAGGCAGCUGAGCUCCGGCCGCGCCGGGAUCCGCGGGGCCGUGCUCGGUCGGCGGAUGGACCCGCAGCCCGGCGCCAGGAGCUGCAGCCGCGGGGCUCCCGCCUGCGAGGUGGGGCCACCCGAACCCCCCAUGAACCUCUACAUCCACACCACCACCGGCACCCGCUAUGAGCUCUCGGUGCCCGCCGAGGAGACGGUGGAGGGGCUGAAGCGACGGCUGUCCCAGCGCCUCAAGGUGCCCAAGGAGCGUCUGGCGCUGCUGCACAAAGAGAGCCGCCUCAGCUCUGGCAAACUGCAGGACCUGGGGGUCGUGGAAGGCAGCAAGCUGACACUGGUGCCCACCGUGGAGGCCGGCUUGAUGUCCCAGGCGUCCAGGCCAGAACAGUCGGUGAUGCAAGCUCUGGAAAGCUUAACUGAAACUCAGGUCAACGACUUCUUGUCGGGCCGGUCCCCGCUGACCCUGGCCCUGCGUGUGGGUGACCACAUGAUGUUCGUGCAGCUGCAGCUGGCGGCCCAGCAGAGCACUGGACAGCUCCAGCACCGACACCUCAUCGCCAGCCGCGGCGAGGCGGGGGCCAGCGCCAGCCCCCACUGCCGGACGCUGCACGGUGCCAGCGGCUCAGGCUUCGCCCGCAUCCCCGUGGUGCCCUCGUGCCAGCAGAGCCCGGCCCCCAGCCCCACGCCCUCUGCGCCGGCCCCCCCCAUGUACUGUAACGCCCCUCACGCCGCUCCCGUCACCGCCGGCAUGUUCCGGUCACACGGGGCCAGCACGCAGACGGUGAACAGCAGCGUGGUCUCCUCCUGCUCAGAGGUGGACUGUGGCUCCCGCAGCAGCAGCUCCCCGGGCAGCAGUCCGGCCCCCUCGGCCCGAUCCCGCAAGCCCGGGGCGGUCAUCGAGAGCUUUGUCAACCACGCGCCUGGGGUCUUCUCAGGGACCUUCUCCGGCACUUUGCACCCCAACUGCCAGGACAGCAGCGGGCGGCCGCGGCGGGACAUCGGCACCAUCCUGCAGAUCCUCAACGACCUCCUCAGCGCCACGAGACACUACCAGGGCAUGCCCCAGUCCCUGACACAGCUCCGCUGCCAGACGCAGUUCUCCUCCUCCUCCUCCUCUUCUUCCUCCUCCUCGCCGCCUGCCUCUCCAGACCUCGCCACCAAAACUACCUCAGAGCCGCUGCCGGCGGCCGCCGCCCCCACCCUGCACCCCGUCGUCCAGUGCCAAAGCCAGAUCCGGAUGUGCAAGCCCAGUGGGGACCGGCUGCGGCAGACGGAGAACCGGGCGACGCGCUGCAAGGUGGAGCGGCUGCAGCUGCUGCUGCAGCAGAAGCGGCUGCGGCGGAAGGCGCGGCGGGACGCCAGGGCUCCGUACCACUGGGUGCCCAACCGCAAGGCCGGGCGCACCAACAGCAACAGCAGCGUCUCCAGCGAGGGCAGCCUGGACCUGGACUUCGAGGACUCGGUCUGGAAGCCGGAGGUCAAGGCCGAGAUGAAAUCCGAGUUUGUCGUAGCAUAGAGAGCCAGGGCCCCGGGGGACUGUGCCGGGGGGUCCCGCUGGCUGGCCCCGCUCUGGGGAGGCAGCGCUGACGUCGCGGGCCGGGGCUCCUCGAGAUUUGCCGUCUCCUGCCACCGGACGCGUUGGGCCGACCUGCGUGUUAGGGGGAGCCCCCCAUCCCCCUGCUCGGUUGGGUUUGGGGCGAUGGGGAACAGCAGCAGGAGCCGCCCCCUCCUCGCACCUCCCCAGCUGGGGGGUCCUGGCACCCGGGGGGGGCCCUGGGGUGUAUCGAAGCUGCUGCUUUGCUGUGAAGAGGGGCACAGCUCCGGCCCCACCUUGUGCCACCCCACCCCGGUGCAGGCAGGAGGAGAUGAAGUCUCUCUCGGAGGUGCUGGAGCCCCCCCCGAUUUGGGGGCCGUUUGUUUUCCUUCCCUUCUAUAUGUAGCAUUGCUCGGCUGUGGGGCUGGGGGCUGGGCCCCCCCGGGGGGA